AUGGUCGGCGGGUGCAGCACCGUUGGCGACGUCCUGCGGAAUGAGGACUAUGCCGCGGCCCUCUGGCGGGAGCUCUUCGCCCAGCUGUGGGCGACCUUCAGGGGCGGCGAGAGAGAGCGCAUCGCUGAGGCGCUCGUCAAUUUCCUCGGCAGGAGCUCCACACGCAGCCAGGAGCGGUUCGUGCCGAGAGUACAUCAAGUGGUGCUGGGGGGCGCUUUAGGGUGCUCGCCCGACAUUUGCAAGUGGUCGCCCCACCAGCUGGACGGAUCGCGGAACCUGACAAGGGAUGGCAGCCUCCACAGGUAUGUAUCGGCAAGCACACAGAAAUUACUCCUUUCACCUGUCUCUGUGGGUGUGUGCAGUGUCUGA